AUGAAAAUUAUAUUUAUUCUCACGUUAACUGCGUACUUUAGUCAAGCUGAAGUUACAUUCAGAAGUUUCCAGGUACAACACAAAAAAAAAUAUUCAGCCUUAGAAUUGACACGUCGCGAGCAAAUAUUCAACCAAAAUUUGAUCAAAAUCCAAAAAAACAAUGAAAAAUACCGUAAAGGAUUGGUAUCCUACCAAAUGGGUAUCAACCAAUUUUCCGAUUUGACUGAAGAGGAAUUUUCUUCUAGAUUUAAAACAUUACCAUUGAACAAUACAAAGUUGAAAAAUGUUUUAACACAAGAUAGCAAUAAUUUCAAUAUUUCCGAUUUACCUGAAAGUAUUGAUUGGCGAGAAAAGGGGAUAGUAACCGAAGUUAAGGAUCAAGGACUCUGUGGUGCUUGCUGGGCAUUUAGUGCUACGGGUGCCCUAGAAGGUCAACUGGCCCUAAACUAUAAAACUUUAAUCCCCAUAAGUGAGCAGCAGCUCAUUGAUUGUGAUACUAAAGUGAACGUUGGCUGUGACGGCGGUUAUAUUCAAGAAGCUUUGCAAUUUGCUACGACUAAUGGCUUAACUACAGAAGAAAAUUAUCCCUAUAUACAGGCUCGGGGAUAUUGCCGAAAAUGGAAGAAAAAUGUCGUAAGAGGUGGUGGCUAUGUGAAUAUUCUGCCUUAUAAUGAGACCGAUCUGAAAUUGGCUGUAGGACUUAUGGGUCCAGUAUCAGUAGCCAUACACUCAGGCCCAUUUCAAUUUUACCAGUCCGGAAUCCAUUCAGGUGCUGCCUGUACCGAUAAUGUGGACCACGGUGUUCUUGUAGUCGGCUAUGGCAAAAAUACAUCAUCCCAAGAAGAAUAUUGGCUAUUGAAAAAUUCAUGGGGUACCUCAUGGGGUGAAAAUGGAUAUUUUAAAUUAGCCAUGAGCAAAAAUAAUACUGGUCUUUGUGGUAUUGCCAAACAGUCUUGUUAUCCGAUCAAUGUCACAAAUUGUGGUUACAGCCUUGUACAAAAUGUUUUAGUUUUAGGUUUAGUUUGUAUAAAAUUAUUUUUCUAG